UGGUCUCAUGUCUCCUCGCUAGUUCAUCUCCGCUAUUGAAAAUUAAAUUCUAGCGAGAGAGAGAGCAAGUUUACUGUUCAUUUAAAAACGUGCUUCGUUGGGGAACAGUAAAUCAUUGUUGUGAGAAUCGGCAAAGGAGUCACAGUGGUGAAUUAACUGUGUCGUGUUCAAAAGAUUGUUUCUUUUUUUUUUUCGUUUUUUUGUAUUUCGGUCUUUUGUGUAGAAAAAAAAAGAACCUUGUGGAUCGCCAUCGAUCAGUUCUAAGUUUUUUUUUGCAGCCUCAAGAUUUCUUGUUGGCUCUUUUUCCACUGCAGGAUUAUUUAUAUAUUCUGCAAGUUUGCAAAUUUUUACUGCAAAAAAAAAAAACAUCUGUGGCUUGUUAUGAGUUAAAGAUUUAACUUCUGAUAGAAAGAAUCUUGGAAUAAAAUAAAAAGAAAUAAGAAGUUGAUAAGCCCUUGGCAUUGUGAAGUAUUUUUUUUUUUUUUUCUUUUGAAAGUGAUUCUUUCGAUCUUGUACGAAUUCCUGAUCGUAUUUUUGUUUUUCUUUCUUUUUUGAUAUCUGAGUGUUUCUAUUUUUGUUUGAUAAAAAAAAAAAAUAAAACACCUCCGGGGGCGUUUCUUUUUUGCUUUUUUGUUGUAUAUUAAAGUGGAGAUAUACAAAACCCUAUGACAACGUAAUAUUAUAAAUCAAAUUUACUACAUUUGUAUUCGUUAAUUUAUUAUUGUUUCGUUUCGCUUUAAAAAAAAUUGUUUCCGUUACGUUGCGACCGGCGGGGAACAGCUGAAACUCACGCGAUUUAAAUGAACUGUGAAUGACAGUCAGUAAAAAUUUAAGUUUUUUUUCACAUUUAAUCUCUUAUAUUUUGAAAUACUUAUAUUUUCUAUAAUAUUUGAUGCUUAUAAAAUACAAAAAUUGAAAGUGUGUUUCGUAUUGAGAACAAAAACUAACCAGGUGUAACUAAGUACGUGUUCUUUGAACGAUCGGAAUAACUUAAACAAUACCUGCAAAAAUUGCUGAAUGUAAAUUGAAGGUCGCUGUCUUUCAUCGGUUAGCACUUCUCCUCAUAUCGAACUUUAAAAUUGUUCCAGAAAAAUAAGAAAUAGGAUCGUGAUCCGUAUGCCUAGACUGUUUAAAGACGAAUACUGGAAGCCCUUUCAAUUUAUAUAAAUUUUUAAUUUGAAAAGUUAAAAAAAAUCAAAAUAAAAAAAAGAGUGAAAACAUUUUUCGAUAACAUAACUCCAAAUAAGCUCCUAGGCCACCCGUCAAAAUGAGUGGCCCACCGCCAUACGAUAACAAUAGAAGGAAAUUAUCCUUCUUAGGAUUUAAUACAAAGAAUAAGGCAGGAGGAAAUGAAGACCCAGAUUUGGUCCUCCUGGAUACGGAAAUGGAAAAGGUCUUCGCCAGUUCCAAUAAUCUUAAAGAAAAAUUUGAUGUAUCAUCGUUUCUAGAUGCAAAUGAACCAAAGUCCGCAGUUGGACCCUUCAAACAGAAACAACAGCGGAAAAAGAGUGGCCCAGAAUUUAUCGUUGGAGAAGAUUCGGAGAAUGAUAGUACGGAACCAACAAGUUGCACUAUUACCAUACAAAAUUAUGAUGAUAUUCCAGAGGAUUGUCCUUUAGUAUCGCAACGUGCCGAACAUGGUCAUAAUUCAGAUUCAGGUGAUGAAAAGCACGUACAGUUUGCAAAGAAAAGAGUUGUUGUAUCUCCCCCGAGUUUAGAAGAAAAGCCAAAUGAUAAUUUACAUGAAAGAAAGCGACGGAAGAGUCGCCAUCAGUAUUAUCGACAGCGUAAACACUCUCACCAAGACACAUCCGAUUCAGCCAAAAGUCCGCAAGAAAAUGGAGCCGAACCAAGAGAUAUCAAUGCUCGAAAAGUAUCCGUUCAACCCGAGGAUAUUGAUUUGGAGAAUAAGACAAAGAAGGAAGCUGAUCUCAAUGAGCUGACCUCACAUCGAUCGGACGAUCCAAGAGGAUUGCGACGUCACAAAGUUCGUCAUUCAUCAGUUAAACUCCGUGACUUGCCGCAAAUUAGCUUGGCAGCUUUACAAGCGAAGAAGGCUUUUGACCAUAGUCCCCAUGAGAUCUUCGUUCAAUUGGAUGAAUUGGUUGGCGUUGGUGAGGAACGUGAAUGGAAAGAGACUGCUCGUUGGAUCAAAUACGAAGAAGAUCUCGAAGAAGGCUCAGACAGAUGGGGUAAGCCCCAUGUUGCGUCUUUGUCCUUCCAUUCGUUGCUAAAUUUGCGACGAUGUUUGGAAACUGGUGUGGUGCUAUUAGAUUUGGACGAAAAGGAUUUACCAGCUGUCGCUUACAGAGUUGUAGAACAGAUGGUAGUCGAAGAUUUGAUUACUACUAAUGACAAGCCCACUGUUAUGCGAUCAUUGUUGCUGCGGCAUCGACAUGUAAAUGAAAAUUCUAUGACACAUUUUCCUUUCACGAAGAAAAAAUACAACAGCUAUACGAGUCUACAGUUACUUUGGAUGGGAAAUGACCAACGAACUGAUUUGCCGUUACGAAGAAAUGUAUACUCUCCCCCAACUUUAGCACCACCACAAUACAUUGAUCGCUCCUGCAGACGACAUUCAACAAUGUCCUACAUAAGUAACCUUAAUGAGGAUAAGAAGCCAAAGAUCAUGCCAGCUAAUGAAAUAGCUGGCAGUAAGAUUAAAAACAAUGACCUUAAAAUCGAUAUGAAAGACGACAUGAUGUACACUUCAUCCCAAGAAGAUCUAAAAAAGCUUCAAAAUGACACUAUUCUCAAGAGGAUACCUGUUGGUGCUGAAGCAACAACCGUUUUGGUUGGUGCUGUUGAAUUCCUCGAAACGCCAACAAUUGCAUUUGUCCGUUUAGCUGAAGGAGUAUUUAUGCAAAACAUUACUGAAGUUCCAAUUCCAGUUCGAUUCAUGUUUAUCCUUUUGGGACCAAAGACCGUCGAUUUGGAUUACCAUGAAGUUGGUCGUUCUAUUGCCACUCUAAUGGCCAAUGAGACUUUUCAUUCUAUUGCCUAUAAAGCAGACGAUCGUAAGGAUCUUCUAUCGGCUAUCAAUGAGUUCCUUGAUGAUUCCAUUGUCCUUCCACCUGGCAAUUGGGAUCGUCAUGAUCUGUUGCCAUUCUCCGAGCUUAAAGCCAAGAAGGAUUGGAUUCGAUUGCGCAAAACAAAAGCUUUACAAAGUAAGCAAGCUAAAGAGGCCAAAUCCCAACCCCAAUCCCAGUCAAAAGAUAUCAAAUCCAUUGAGAAGAAAAAGAGCGACGACGAUGAUAAGAAGAAAAUGAAUCCGCUGGAGAAGACUCAUAAGUUUUGGGGUGGUCUUCGGAACGAUCUUAAGAGGCGUUUGCCAAUGUACAAAAGUGAUAUAUUAGACGGCUUGAAUACUGAAACCCUGGCGGCAACUGUUUUCAUGUACUUCGCUUGCCUAUCGACGGCGAUCACUUUCGGUGGCUUGGCCUCCGAUAAAACGCACAAUUUGAUCGGGAUCUCCGAAACGCUUCUGGCAGCCUCUGUUGUCGGAGUAGUAUUUCAUUUGUUGGCUGGGCAACCAUUGGUGAUUAUCGGUACAACGGGACCACUCCUGCUCUUUGACGAAGCUCUUUAUCAAUUCUGUCAGGAGAAUAAUUUCAGCUUUCUCACAGCUCGGGCGUACAUCGGUGUAUGGCUUGCCGUAAUUGCUCUAACUGUAUCAGCUUUCGAAGGAAGUGUUUAUGUGAGGCUGUUUACACGAUUUACUCAGGAGAUUUUCUCAGCUCUAAUCACACUAAUUUACAUCGUGGAAACAAUAACAAAGCUAUUUUCCGUCUACAAGAGGCAUCCAUUGUUAGCGGACUACAAUUUACCGCCGCAAACAAUGGUCGAUGCAAUGUUAAUGGGAAAUGAUUCCAUUGUACCUGUAAAUAUUUCUUCACUUGAUAUCAACAACAUCACAGAAACAGCUAUCAUAACACCUGUCAAGCCAAUGAACAUGCCAAAUACAGCACUUUUCUGUACAAUUCUCACACUGGGAACUUUCACACUAGCCUAUUACUUGAAACUCUUCCGUAAUUCACACUUUUUGGGCAGAAAUGCACGUCGAGCUUUGGGUGAUUUUGGUGUACCCAUUGCUAUUGCAAUAUUUGUUGCUGUAGAUUAUUUUAUCCCAGAAGUUUAUACUGAGAAAUUAAGUGUACCUGAGGGUAUAUCACCUAGUGAUCCUACUCGUGGCGGAUGGUUUGUGCCAUUGGGAAAUGUACCUGUUUGGAUACCUUUUAUAACCGGGAUACCGGCUAUACUUGUUUAUAUAUUGAUUUUUAUGGAAUCACAUAUAUCGGAGUUGAUUGUUGAUAAGCCGGAACGUGGCUUGAAAAAAGGUUCCGGAUUGCAUUUUGAUAUUGUGCUUUUAUGCUUUAUGAAUGUGAUAUGCGGUUUCUUUGGAAUGCCGUGGCAUUGUGCGGCAACAGUGCGUUCGGUUGCUCAUGUAUCGUCUUUGACUGUGAUGUCUAGAACUCACGCACCUGGUGAAUCACCUCGCAUCAUUGAUGUUAAAGAGCAAAGAUUAUCUGGAUUUUUUGUUGCUUUGAUGGUUGGCUUAUCUGUGACGAUGGCUCCACUUCUCAGACUCAUUCCCAUGGCUGUACUUUUUGGUGUUUUCUUGUAUAUGGGUAUUGCAUCGAUGAGUGGAGUUCAAUUCUUUGAAAGGGUGAGACUAUAUUUCAUGCCAGUGAAACAUUACCCACCUACACCCUAUGUUAAACGAGUACCAACAUGGAAGAUGCAUAUGUUCACAUCCGUUCAAGUGCUCCUUCUAGCUGUACUAUGGGCGGUAAAAUCUUCCAAAAUAUCUCUUGCUUUUCCAUUCUUUUUGAUAAUGAUGGUUCCAUUGCGACAAAAAUUAGCAGCAUUAUAUACUGCAGAGCAGAUGAAAGCAUUGGAUGGAAGUGAAGCAAAUGCAGAAGAAGACGAACCAGAUUUCUAUGAAGAAGCAACAAUACCAGCCUAGGUCGAUCAUUACUAUUUAUAAUAAAAAAAAAGAAAUUCAUACUUAAACCCACAAUUAGGAUGUAAUGUCUAUAAAGUAUUAUAAUUGUUAGUUUGAAAAAAUAAAUAAAAAUAAAUCUUAAAUCAUUUUUUGGUUUGUAAAAAAUAAAAUAAAUAAAUAAAGAUUGCAUUGUGUAAACAUCGUUUAUGUUUAUAGAUAGAGUGUUAAUAAAAAGUUUAUAAAAA